AGUGCAUGGAACCUUGCCACAUGGAUGAGGGUCUUGUCCCUCUGUCCCUGGCACAGGGUGACUCAGGACAGUGGACACUCCAAUCUGGAUAGCAGGUGACACCUGGCACCCCUUACUAUCCUUGCACCAAUGGCUGCAGCUGCAUCUCGGAGUUGCCUGGGAUGGGGCUGUGCCUAGACAUGACGCCAGAUUGCACAUCUGCUUGUGUCGUCUCUCUGGGCCUUGCUCAGGAUGCCAUGAUGCUGGCUGAGAUGAGUUUUGAAGAGAGAGCCCCAGCCAGAUGAAGGUGCAGGAGGCCAGCCCUGAGUUGUCCCCAGAGGAGAGGAGAGUCUUGGAAAGGAAACUGAAGAAGGAACGGAAGAAGGAAGAGAAGAAACGGCUGAGGGAGGCGGGCAUCGCUGCUACACAGACUGCCAAGGUUCAGACGCUGCCAGCCAAGCCCUCGGCUGCCACCCUGGCUCUGGAGUACCUCCAAGGGUGGGCUCAGAAGCAGGAGAGCUGGCGGUUCCAGAAGACAAGACAGACGUGGCUCCUGCUGCACAUGUAUGAUGAGGACAAGGUUCCUGAUGAGCACUUUCCUACCCUGCUGGACUACCUGGAGGGGCUGCGGGGCAGUGCCCGGGAGCUCACAGUCCGGAAGGCAGAGGCCCUGAUGCAGAAGCUCGAUGAGGCUGAGCCUGAGGACAGCGGCGGGUCUCCGGGGAAGGUGCAGCGCCUCCGCCAGGUGCUGCAGCUGCUCUCCUAGUGGGCCCCGAGCACUCACUGGCUACCUCCUCCCAGAGCUGUGGGAGCACACGGGUCCCCAGCAGGUCAUCUGGCCGGAGUCCUGAGAAGAACGCUUCAUCCCCUCCCUAUACGCUGUAACAGUUUCUAGUGCCUUGGGAGUUGAACAUGGUCUCCCUGAAACAGCUCUGAAGUGCCACUCCCACACGAGUGGCCCUAAAGUGACUGUAAACAGAGUCUACUUUUUCUACCAAGAAUAUCUUAGAGACUGGCCCAAGCUGGCUUUCCCCAUCAGCUGGGAUUCCCUGGUGUGUGUGUGUGUGUGUGUGUGUGUGUGUGUGUGUGUGUGUGUGUGGUGGGGGACUCCUACAUAUUCGAUCUGGGUGCCAUUGCAGUGCAGCCUGAAUGCGACUCACUGGUCUGUAGGGAGAGCCUGUAUUGAGGACCCUGGGCCAGUGUGGCUGCCCACGAGCUGGUAAAAGCUGCUGCUCCAUGAUCCCUACUCGUUUCAACAACAACCCCAUGCCGUUCCUAGUCUCAGCAGCUGGGCCGUGUUCCUUGUCAUUGCACCUCUCUGCCAGCUCGUUGGAAACAGAAGGACUAAGCAUUUGUAUCUGGAUUCCCAUCUGCAGAUGGGAGCCAUGGCGUGUCCCCCUUCUGCUUCUUGAACUCCCCCACAGCCCCCUGCACCAGAGUCACUUAUAUACUCCCAGGUAUGGAGGUAUAUAAAGGAGCUUUACAGAUAAAUAUAUCCCAAGAAAUCUAUUUUAAAGUGAUUCUGAAUACAAAUAAUUUUCCAUGUAUUAAAGAUAAAGACAAGUUUGCGUA